CAACGUUCUCGCAUUUGAAGCGAGAAACUAGCAUUAGCCGCUAAUGCUAACCAAACAGUGUGAGGAAAGGACAGGACAGUGUUCAUCCUCACAAUGAUGGCGUCAAGGAAAGUGGCAUCGUUGCGUCUGCCUCCGCUGCCCACAGUGGGCGAGCUGAUAAAGCUGUAUCGCCUGCGAGCUGAGAAACAGCUUUCCCAGAACUUUCUGUUGGACCUGAAUCUCACAGACAAACUAGUGCGUAGCGCUGGCAAUUUGAACGGUGCCCACGUGUGUGAGGUGGGUCCUGGCCCUGGGGGUCUCACUCGCUCCAUUCUUAAUGCUGGCGUGGCAGAUCUUUUGGUUGUGGAGAAAGAUUCACGCUUCCUCCCUGGGCUGAAGUUGUUGUCUGAGGCAGCACCCGACAGGAUGAGGAUUGCUCAUGCYGACAUACUAACUUAUAAAUUGGAAAGAAGGUUCCCAGCAGAGCUCUCUAAGCCGUGGGAGGAUGAGCCACCAAACCUCCACAUCAUUGGAAACCUGCCAUUCAACGUCUCAACCCCCCUCAUUAUUAGGUGGCUGGAAAAUAUAGCCAACAGAACCGGGCCGUUCACGUAUGGACGCACUCAACUGACGCUSACCUUCCAGAAGGAGGUGGUAGAGAGGUUGACGGCCAGCACAGGCAGCAAACAGAGGAGCCGUCUCUCCAUCAUGGCUCAGUAUCUCUGCACCGUCCACAAGUGCUUCCUCAUCCCUGGACAAGCCUUUGUUCCCAAACCAAAGGUGGAUGUGGGAGUUGUUCACUUCACCCCACUGCCUCAAGCUCAGAUUCAACAAUCCUUCAAGCUGGUGGAGAAACUCGUCAGGAACGUUUUCCAGUUCCGCAGGAAGCAUUGCCAUAAAGGAAUAGCAAUGCUGUUUCCCGAGGCGCACCGCCCCGAGAUGACGCAGGAGAUGAUGCAGAGGGCCGACGUGGACCCCGUCCUGCUUCCCACCCACCUCACCAUCCCGCACAUUCGUGCCUUAGCAGACGCUUACGCUGGGCUCUGCGCCGAGGAGCCCGGUCUCCUCAGCUACGAGUUCAGAGAGGAGCUCCGUCUGAAGCACGCGAGAAAGAAAAAACACUCAGAUUCAUCUUGAAGUGCUCCUCAAMCCUGCUGAGGAAUACUGCCAGUCAACUUUCAGAGGUGGGCAGUAGCAGAAAAAGAAAAAAAAUAAUAAUAAAAAAGCCUAAAACCAAGAGAGGCCCACAAAUAGUCUGUUAGCAGAUGGAAACAACACAUUGCUCUUAGCUCUGACAUUUCCACCUGGCAUAGGCAUGCAUUUUUAAACACUCUUCCGGCACCCAGGGAGAAAUAAGCUAUUUGAAAUACAUAAAUAGUGUAAGAGCACAAUUUUCUUGGAUGCGACAUUCGUGUUUUUUGGAAAAAGGAAAAGAAAGCAGCCCCACGCUAGCUCCUGGCGAGUAAGUGUCUCUUUAUGUCCCAGUUCUUUCUUCAUUUCCAUCCAACACCUUGUCCUGUGGGACCUGAAAGAAAUGUCAGUGCUUUCAGGGUGAUUUAGAGAACGAGAACAUGGCAGCGCCACAUCCAGGACAUUUUUUUUUUUCUUUUUCCCUUUUCAAGUGUGCAUUGCUUAGUCACUUGGGAGACGGCUCUUUAAAGGGGUAGAGAAACUGCUGUGAAUUUGUCAGCUUAAAAGAAAAAGUCUUUUGUUAAAUAAAACAAAAAAUGUUUUAAUCCUUUUUUAUAACAAUAUGUUUAUUGUGCUUUGGUUAGUUAAUGUGAGAUUAUCUCAGCUUUGUUUCUCUUCUACUGUUCAUCCAAAUAAGCUCAAUACUGUUGAGCUGUAAAGGAAGCAAAAUGAAGAAAAYGAGUUUUGUUUAUUAAGCCAGAAAUAUUUGUGUGUUAAGACGGUCAAAACGGUGAAUAAAUGUUGUUUAUUGUUUAAGGA